AUGGUUUCUGGUGCCACGGCAGUUACUGGAACACAGGCUAUCGACUCAAGGCCCACUGUCAGAAGGAAGUUUGCUAAGCCGCCUGUGAAGUUAGCCUGCCUGGCAUGUCGUGCCUCGAGGACUCGCUGUGAUGGUCAGGAUCCUUGUGCCAAUUGCCAAAACAGAAAAAGAAAAUGUUCCUAUACGCCCAGCAAGCGGGGAGGUCCAAGGAAGAAGAAGAGGGCCUCUCCGCCCGUGGAAGUCGCUAUUCAGGAAGAUAACGUUGAGAAUCCAACCAUCAUCCCGGCGUCUCCUGGCUUAGAGGAGUCAGCUUUGUUCGGUCAGAUUGAUGUACUCUCCAAUCCGGGUGCUGGGCUUCGAAGUCUAGACUUCACAUCGGAUUUUCAGUCUUUGUUCGCUGGUCUAUUUGCUCCGAAUGAUAGUGGCAAUACCACUGAUAGUCAUAUUGAACCGACGCCAUCAUUAACAUCAUCAAGCGUAUCUUCGCCGUCCAUGGUCAGGGCAUAUGGCAGCGAGCACGACAUGUGGGUUGUACCUCUCAAAGCGAAAGGAUGUGCUAACCGUGAGCUCAGAUUGAAUGCGUACUAUGACUUCAUUCAUAACUAUUUUCCAAUUCUGCCACCAAGAGUAGCGCCAGCUUCUGCCGACACUCCUUUGGAUGGUAUCGGUUCUUACUCCGAGUCUCCUUCUGAGGAGCCGAUCAUCGUCUAUCAACCACGUUCUCCGCUUAGUCUGGCGAUUUCCGCUAUCUUAGCACUAAUACCACAUCCAAAUGACCCCGAACCGUUGUCUCCUGGCUCGGUUAUACGGCGCCGGAUGUUUGCACAUACCUUUGCACAAAUGGCUAAUGCUAGCAUUGAAUCCGACUGCGAGCUUCAUGCCUUUCCUACGAAUCCCUUUGAGGCUCCUUCUCGAAAUCGCCCACGCAUCAAUCGAACAUUUUUCCACCCCCAGACCCCAGUAGAACUCGAGAGUAUCCUGGCGUUACUUUUGCUCACUGUAUAUGAAUACACCCAGCGCGGAAAUCUUCUGAAAAUGAGGUACCGUGCUGGGCAAGCAUUGGCAAUAGCGUUGGACAUGUCACUACAUACUCUUGGGGAACAAUAUGAUGAAAUGGCAGAAGCGCGAAGGAGGGCUUGGUGGAUGACUUACUACUGCGUCCUUCAGGGUUCGAUUGUCAGCACAACUCCCCUCUCUAUCGAUGCAAAUGAUCCCCAGUUUGUCACGCCUUACCCCAGGUUUGCUACCGAUGCCGAUGGCUGGGCUAUCCUUAUUCAAUCCCAACAAGUAUUGGUGGCGGCUACACAAUUCGUCAUUGACGUUAAGAAGUGGGUUCCUACGAGGACAAAUAUGCCUUACAUUGCAGAAAGCAUGCAGCGACUUGACUCAUGGGCAAGCGCGUUAUUAGCACAGACGAGCUUACCCGUAUCAUCUGCUUCGUCUGUCAGUGGUGGCGUUCCGGAGCAAACCACAACGCAGAGUAUCCGCGCAAUUGCACGGAUCAAGACAUCUAGCGCCCAGAUCAAAAUCCACCGAUUCCGAGCGUUCUCAGACAUUCCAAUCUUCCUCAAGAGGCACUGCGAUCUAACCGAAGCAAAUGCCUCUGACGAUCUGCUUUCGGAAAAUACCUCCAAAAGCCCAGAUCAUCCGGACGAGAUCUCCAGCUCGAGUGGCGGAUGCUCUUGUACCAGUUCAGACAAAUUCCAACAAUCCUCGUCAAGCGAGACAUCAUCUUCGGCAUCGCCUGAGUUACAGACCUUACCUCACUACCCCUUCAUCAGCGAGUUCCCAUUUACCAGCCAGCAUUCAGCAAGAGUUUGCCUAAAAGCGGCCUUGUUGAUCUCGCACAUGUUCGAAAUCUUACCUAUACCCCAACCCCUCAGCGACCCUAAUAACCCGCCCCGGGUCCUGCAAUCACUGCCACGAAAUCGGUACCCGAGAACAAUGCCAUCCUUUGCCUGCUGCAUGAUGCAGGGCAGCUACGCAUUACUUAUGAUCUUUUACCAGGCGAGUCUGGCGAAGAACGCUCAGGCAGAAUCCGGCACCAACAGUCAAGAUAAUGACAGCUUGGUGGAGGAACUUCGACAUGGACUAGAGCGGAUUAUCACUGCCGCGUCGAAUUUCGCGGUUUCUUAUGAGGCGUUGAAUGGGAUGAGAGAUGACAUUGAGGGAGCAUACCAAACGGCGUUCUUGCAAGGGUGA